GUAACAUCACUCAGUGGAACCGCUACAUCAAUCAGACUCAAAAGUGGUUGUCGUUGUUUUACUAUCAGGGUGUGUGGCCAUGACUCGGGGUAGGAGGACUAAGUUGGAGCCCUGGAUGGAGCAGGUCAUCCUGAGUUAUGGCACAGAGCCAAAGGAGGAGCAGAAGAACACUGAUGAAAGCGCAUGUUGUUGGGGUAAUGAGGCAUCAAGUACAUACACUUCAUGCAAGGCCUGUGUUCCAAGUUUAGAAGGUGUGUGUGGGUCGGCCGGAUGUCAGAGUCCCAAGCCCGGUCGACUGAGGGUUUGACAACGUUGCUGUUCCUCUCUGAUGGAGUGGUGCACAUCCCCGCCAUACUGACCCAGGACGCCUGGGAGACUCUUCAGGAGAGCCAGUUUUACUUAUCGGUUGGUGAGCUGACCACCACAUCAGAUGGGGCUGCUAAAGACAACAGCCCUUGCUGCACAUCGCUCAACUCAGUCAGACGAAAGAUCUGUACAACAUGGAGAUCCCUGCUUGCACAGGAUUCUGUCCAUACUCAGAACACCCAGUCUGAGUUCAGUCUGUCAGAGCUGCUGGGGGAGUGGCAGCAUGACUGGCCCCAGUCUCUGUUGAAGGAUGUGAUGGAACUCUUGAGGACUCCCACAAACCCCCCCUCCCCACAGCCCUCCACCUCCAACACCCUCACACACACUGGCACCAGAUGGGCUAUUGAAAGGUUCAGAUAUAAGAGGAGAGUAUGGAUGGUGUCAGGGGUGACCGGAGGAGCAGUGGCGAGCCCAUGGGACAUGUUUGCUCCAGCAGCUGAGCUGCUCAGGACCUCCUCUGCAUCUGACGAAUCUAUCACCUCGGAGCCCUUCUCCCUCCAGAAGAGCCAGUCUCUGCUCGACCCCACUCCACAACCAGUCACCCUUGCAACGUUUCCCCUGGCAACCAACACCCAGGUGCCAACCCUGACCCAUGGGGCCACCCAAAGGUCAGGCGAGCGCUCCCUUCCUCCUUAUCAAAAACCAGGCCCCUCUCACAGCCUACUCCCCUCCAGUGGCGGCUCCUCCACUGUGAGUCUAUCUACAAAGCACCAACACUCUGGCAUGAAGCUCCACCACAGUGACUCAACCACAACACAUCAACUUCCAGUCACGGAGCAGCAAGAUCAGGUGGAAGAGGAGGAUGUUGUGAAGAGGUGUAGGAAGGUUAAGAAGAAGUGUUCUGUGCAGACCCCCGAGGAUAAUGAUAUCACCUGGGAGGAGGAAAAUAUGCAGAAGAACCGCAGCCUGCCCUCCUGGAUGUUUCCAGGAUUGGGGAGGGAAGCAGCUGCAAACAGAAGGCAGUUGCAGCAAUAGCCCCCCGGAGGCCCUCCAAUGUUCACAGUGAUGGCACUUCGUUCUCAUAUUCUUAUCAGCUGUGUGGCCGCAUUUCGAAGGAUCUAAGCCAUUUAAAGAUUCCUGAUGGCAUGGUGCACUGGGCUGUACGGUACCUGGUCCCUUCCAUGCAGACGAAGGUUGUCAAGGACACACAGCUGCGACCCCAGACUCACCCCAGUUGACAACCUGAGGUCAUCGCCCCCAUCUUCCCAUUGUGUUGAAUCCAUAGUGUACAGAGGCAGCUUUGUUUUUUUAUGAAUCUCUAUUGUUAUGUUUAUAUAACAUUCUGAAUAUUGAUAAAUAAAUAUACAUUAGUAAUUGAAUUGUGUCAACUCUAGAUGCAGGCAAAUGUGAACUUAGCAACUUUUAAUUUGUCAACAGCAAGAUCAUUUCAUUGUCAGUUACUCAGAUAUUUUUUCCUUAAUUUUACUUUUGAAUAACACACAUGCACUUAUUUCCUUAUGCAAACAUUCACUGGCUGCUAUAAUAAAAUACAAAUCAUAUCAGAUGUCCUCUAGAAUAAUUUGAACAAAAUAUAAGCACAACAAAAAUAGUCACAGUUACAUAAUGCUUGUACAUAGUGCUUUAAACAAUUAUAUCUACUUAAUGGAAGCCAGUGUCAUGUGGUGGUUGGGUGGGGGCUUGCCCUGGGAAUUCCUGAAGAGGUGAAGGCAUAGAGGAAAGGGUUGAGGGAGCUGUUGAUGAUGAUGAAACCCAUGAGGACAUUCCAAGCUGAGUCACACACAUUCUCCACAACCUCGUUCUGCACGGCCAAGUUCACCAGGGCCAGCAGGUUGAACAGGUGCAGCAGAGUCCAGAAGCAGAAGAAGGACACAACGAUGCAGAUGACCAGCUUGGUCACCCUCCGCUGCCUGAACAGGGCCGCCUGGCUCACCCUCCUGUGGAGGUAGAAGUAGGACGCCACCAGGAUGCAGCAGGGAACUACAAAUCCCAGCAGCAUUUGGACAAGUAGGAUGGCCAUUUCUUGUCUGAGGCUCUGGAAGUGUGAGCUGCAGGAUUUGCCGCCGUCGUAUGUCUUGAUGUCAAGGACAGAGAAGGCGGGAGAGGCAAUGAACCCUGCCAGCCCCCACAGGGAGGAGUGCCUCUUCCCUCAUACGGCCUAGCCGCGCCCAGCUGUGGGGGUACAGCACCUGGACGCAGCGCUGCACACUCAGCAGGGUGAUGGUCAGCACACUACCAUUCAGGCUGCAAUAGAUCAGGAAGAAGAGCAGCUUGCAGGCGGCGGGGCCCAGAUCCCAGGUCCUCUGUAGGUUGUUGAUAACUAGAGGCAGGCAUAGCAAGACCAUCAGGUCACACAGUGCCAGAUUCAGCAUCAGGCUAUCAGAACCACCACAUUCCCAUGGAUUCCCACAAUGCAACAGAAGCCCGUGAUCACGCUGGGCAACACACGGGUCAUGUGCCAGUAAGGAUAGGACUGAGUGCUGCAUAGGGCCGAACUGUCCAGACUAUUAAAAUCCACAGAGAAUGCUGGUUAGAAACUCAACAGGGAUGUCUCACUACCUCUGUCUGGCUGGGCUGACGGAGACACACUAAGCUCUGAGUUGUUCCCCAGAUUGCCUUCACUACUGGUGGUAGUGAUGAUAUGCUGUAAACAAAGAGUACCUGUGUGUGACUCUGGGCCGGGCCUGUUUUGAAUAUACAACGUGUGUACAGCUCUGUGUUAUGUGAAGGUAACAGCCUACAAACAUGACACACUCAUAUAUAGCCUCCUGACCCGUGAGAGUUACAGGAAAACCUCAACAAAAACCCUCACAAACUUUUACAGAUGCACAAUUGAGAGCAUCCUGUCAGGCUGUAUCACGGCCUGGUAUGGCAACUGCACC